AUGGCCUCCGAACCCCCCACCCUCCAAAUAGACUUCUCAUGGACCGCCUUCCAAAACCGCGUCAGCCUAAAGACUGACACCACCCUCCAACCCCUCUACACCCAACACUUCCGCACGCUAAAACCCCAACUGCGCUUCGACUCCGCCCCAUCCAACACCCCCAUAGCCACAGCAACCAUCCCCAGCAUCUCCAUCACGCCCUCAUGCACGCUGCACGGCCGCUCCCUCCCCCUCACGCCCCUCUCGCGCUGGAAAACAGCAUACGGGUACACCUCGAACGUGCACUCCACGGAGCCCGUUACCAUGUCCUGGAUAGCAAACAGCAGCAUGAAGACGUGGGAUUUUGUGUGUCUGGACGCCGCGCAGCUGCCGGUUGCGAAGUUUAGUGUGAAUUUCUGGGCUCUGAAACAGGUUGGUAUGAUGUAUUUCCAGAGGGUGGUCAGCGAGGAGGAAAGGGAUGAGAUUGUGGUUACGGGGUUGACGGUGCUGUAUCUUAUGGCUUCGAGGUUGGGGAAUCCGCUGCAUCUUUUUGGGGCGGCGUUUGCGAAGACGGGGGAGAGGGAGAAGGAGGGUGGGGAGGUGGGGAGUUGA